GUAUCGGUCUGAUUGAAAUGCAUCAACCAAGUUAAAGGACUGAACAGUCUCAAUUGACUCUCAUUUUAUGUUUCAGGAGUAAUUUCACCUCUGAUUACUCUCAGCUUAGGGAGGGCCGUGCUGCAUGGCCAUGACAGACUCACAGGUGCAUCGGUCCGAUGGCCAUGCAGCAAGCAUCCUCGGAGGACUGAACAGGCUCCGUAAAGACCACAUCUUCUGUGACGUCCAGCUCCAGGUUGGUCCAGAGUUAUUUGAGGCCCAUCGAUUGGUCCUAUCCGCCUGCAGUCCGUACUUUGAUGCGUUGCUCACCAGUGGACUCAGCGAGACGCAUCAAGAUGUCAUCAACAUACAAGGUGUGCAGCCACACAUCUUUGAGCAACUGCUGGAGUUCAUAUACACUGGUCAUCUCGAUGUUACCACAAAGAACGCCCAAGGAUUACUCUUUGCAGCUGAUAUGUUUCAACUUUCUGAAAUCAAAGAAAUUUCUGCAUCAUUCCUCAAACUGCAGCUGCAUUCUUCAAAUUGUCUUGGCUUCCUAAGGUUUUCGCAAGCUCUUUCAUGUGCAGAGCUUAGUACAGCAAGCAGAGCUUACAUUCACUCUAAGAUUAGUGAGGUCAAAAAUGAGGAAGAGUUCUUUGAACUUGAUGUUGAAACUCUUAUUGAGAUCCUGCAAAGUGAGGAUCUACGUGUGGACAAUGAAUAUGAAGUCUUUGAAGCAGCAAUGAACUGGAUAUCACACGACCCCCCAAACAGGCGAAAACAUUUAGUGCAGGUUCUUGAGCCAGUGAGGAUACCGAUCAUACAACCUGAGCAACUCUUCAAGUAUGUGGAAGACUGUAAGGAUCUAAGUUUAAGGAUAGCCACAGGAAAGCUCCUGCAGGACUAUCACCCAAGCAGGAAGUCACAAUCAUCAUCCAAAGCAUCACAGGUCAAGACACGGCUACCGGCACAUUAUUACCAGCCCCGCAGGAACUCCAGGAAACGUUUGAUCGUGAUGGGCGGUUACUGCAAGAAAAAUGCUGAAGGAUGGUCAGGAUGGGGUAACACAACAACCCUUGAUGAUGUUGAACUGUAUGAUUCAUUCGAUCAAACGUGGCAUUCCUUCCCUGCCAUGCAGCAGCCACGUAGCGGCUUCGGUGCGGCCGUACUCGGUGGAACCGUCUAUGCCAUAGGUGGUGAGCAUGAGUCUCUCCUGUCACAGAAUGUUGAAAAGUUUGAUGCAGUGGAGAAUUGUUGGAUCAGGAUGGCCCCUCUUCUCUGUCCAAGGAGCUCCCAUGGGGUAUGCGUUGUGGAGGAUAAGAUCUAUGUCUUUGGAGGCUGGGUUGGUCUUGAGAUGGGAGCGGAUAUUGAGAGAUAUGACCCUGAUGAUAAUUCAUGGGUAGUACAUGAUAGGCUGGCAUCACUGAGAAGCAACUUUGGCGUGGUUUCACAUGAAGGUCUUGUGUACCUAGCAGGCGGGGCUUCAGAUACUGGUACAGAACUGAGGCUUGUCGAGAGCUACAAUCCGGUCAUCAAAGAAUGGACUCAGCUUUCUAACAUGCGGACAAGACGUUCGCAGUGUGCCAUGGCAGUAUUGGACAACGCCCUCUAUGUUGUAGGAGGGUAUAACUCGUCAAAGAACGUCCUAUCCUCGGUUGAAAAAUACUUGAUAUUGGAGGACAAAUGGUUGAAGGUGAAGUCAAUGAUAGUUCCUAGAGCAUGUGCCGGAGUAGCAGUUGCACACGGGAAACUGUAUGUGGUGGGGGGCAAAGGAUCGAGCAGACCAAAUACAGCCCCACCGACGUUGGAUACUAUGGAGUGCUAUGACCCCGAGACAGACACUUGGAUUGACCUAGGUCAUAUGACCAUGGGUCGUUGUGAAGCAGCUCUAGCAGUACUGUAACCAUGGGAACUGGAUUGACCGAGGUCAAAUGACUAUUGGUCUUUUGGAAGCAACUGCAGCAGUACUCUGACAAUGAGGCCGACCUCUGGAUUGAACUAGGUCAUAUGACAUGAAUCAGUUUUUACGCAUCUGUAUCAGUACGGUGACCAUGAGGAUGACAUCCGGAUUGACCUAGGUCAAAUGACCAUGGGGGUCGUCGUGAAGUAGCUGUAGAAGGACUGUGUGUGACCGUGAGGUUUAUUUCCGCUUGGUCUACAAGUUGUCGACUUUGCAGAUUGUCUUGUACCACAGGAUGAAGUCAUUUGAUCUCCUCUCAAGUUGGUCAAAUUCUGCACCGCUCAGUGAAAUACCCACUUAACAUCAUUUUGUCUAGUACCCAGUGUGUCGGAUUUGAACUUUGUCUAUUAUCCUUCAU